CAGAAGACCAGAGUCAGACACAGGCUGGCUUCGCAGCAGAGGAGGGGAGAUAAAAAAAAAUAAAAAAAAACUCUCGCCACUAAGAAACCAACAGCUAUCAGAGACGUGAAGUCGACGCGAUGUCAAGCACGAAAUGCUACCGUUUAGUUUGAGGAGACAGCUACCAAUAAGGAAGAGGCUGCAGAAAGUAAGGAGUGGGUGAGCAGUGACAGCUGGAUACAUAAAGCGAGGGAUUAGAGGUCCGCACGUGGGAAAAAGGGACUCGCUUUAACACAUCAGUGAAGAUUGGAUCCCUCCAUUUAGUCGUUUUUCACCGGUUUGUUUCUGCCUGCGGUGAAGAUGAGUGCCAAGUCAGCCAUCAACAAGGAGCUCUUCACGCCUCACGAUGAGAAGAUGCUCGCUGGUGUACAGGUGAAGAGGAGGACAAAGAAGAAGAUACCUUUCCUAGCCACUGGUGGCCAGGGAGAUUACACGACUUUCAUCUGCCUCUCAGUAACAAACAAGAAACCGUCCCAUGUAUCCCUCACUAAAGUGAAGCAGUUCCAAGGAUCAUCUGCCUUUGUCAAAAGGUCACAGUGGACAAUUGAUCAACUACGGCAGAUUAAUGGCAUCGACUCCAACAAAGACUGUCCAGAAUUUGACCUGAUGUUUGACAAUGGUUUGGGCCAGUGGGUUGCCAGUUCAGCAGGAGAGAAGUGCACCUUCAUCCAAAUUCUUCAUCAUACCUGCCAGCGCUACUGCUCGGCACGGAAACCCGAGUUCAUCAACUGUCAGUCAAAGUUGCUUGGUGAAGGCUUAGAUACAGUCAUUUACCACUGCAAGGUCUAUUUCAACAGAAUGAGGAAAGUGCCACAUCGUGGUCCUCCUCAAAAACAAGGUAACAGUAUACUCCACUCAGCUGCAGACAGUGUGACCAGUGCUGUACAGAAGGCCAGCCAGGCUCUGAAUGAGCGCGGUGAGCGAUUAGGUCGGGCAGAGGAGAGGACUGCAGACAUGAUGAACAGUGCUGAACAGUUUGCUGUCACAGCACACAAGCUUGCCAUGAAGCACAAAUGUUAGGACCACUGCCAAAACCACCUGCACUGGAGGUGUGAGCACAGACCAGUCGUUGCACGGGAGAGGGAUUCCAGCAUUAAUUGUUUUUACAUUUUUUAAAUAUAAUUAAUCUUUUUUAACAAUGUUAACAUUUUACACUUUUGGGUUAUCUCACUGUGUUCAUUCCUAAUAACGGAGUUGCAGCACAUACAGUGACUUGCAAAAGUACUUGUACCCCUGUAGCAGUUUGCUUCAUAUUCUGUCGCAUCAAAAUCACAAACCUAUAUGACUCUAAUUUAUAAGAGCCAUAUGAUAAACCAACACAAAGUAGCUCAUCAUUUUGUGGGAUGUAAGCCUUUACUUCCACCGGACCAUUCUAACACCAAUUCAUCUCACUGUUGUUCUGCAUGUAUAUUUUGAUGUGCUGUUCUCCAUGUCGGUCUCAGAUCUCUUGCAGCCUUCAUCACCUUUUUUCCCUCCAUGUUUUUCCUAUAUUGUGCUCCAUCUUUAUCUGCAGCAUCCGCCACAUCAUGACACUACCGCCACAUUUAGUGAUGGUGUAUUGAGGGGGACGGUGUAUUGAUUUGCACUAUCAGUUCUCUACUACAUGCAGCACUUUACACCUACUCAGUGUCCCUUCUUCUACAUGUUUGAUCCUCUUAUGAUUUUCUUCUUGUCACUCGUCCUUAAAGGCCAGAUUCAUGGACUGGCCGACUAAUAAUUGUCUUGUCAGCAGAUUCCACUUGAACAGUCCUUUAUGAGACGUUCAAAGUUCAGAAUAGUGUCUAUAAAACUAACCUUAUGUUAUUUUAUACCUGUUUUGUCUAUUGUCAGAAGAUUCCACUUGAACAGUCCUUUAUGAGACGUUCAAAGUUCGGGAAAGUGUUUAAGAAAACUAACCUUAUAUUUUGUAUCUCUUCUGUCUAUUGUUAUUGUUCGUCUUCAUAAUGCUGUUUGUUCAGUAACGUUCAUUUCUAUGAUGCCUCGGCAAAGCGACGGAGAAUAACUAACACGUUAACCAAUUAGGUGCACUGUCGUUAGGAAAGUGGGUUGAAUACAGACGCACACCACUUUAAGAUUGCUCAUCUCAUUCAACUUGUAUCCUUCACCAUCCACUAUAUAGUUAUAUACUACUCUGUGUUGGUCCCAGUUACAAUAAAUUACAUCUUGUGUUUGUGAUGUGACUCUGUGAUGGUGUGGAAAAGUUUAAGGGGUGCGAGUUCUUUUGAAAGACCCUGAAGACGGGAGAGGAAGGGACAACUUUGAGCAGAAUGUUUAACGCUUCCAUUUGCCAAAAAUGUAACUUAAUAACAACAGUUAAUAGUAACAGGCCCUGAGUACACAUUGUGUUUUUGAGAUAAUAAUGUGUGGGCUAAAGUUAAACUAGAAAACUGUCAGCAAUUUCUCCCAGGCCAGUAAUACAUUGUUUCUGAUUAUUAGGAGUUAUUUAUGCACACUGCUGGGUUUUAAAGGCUGAUUUCAUGAAUCCGUAGUCUGCGUUUUCCUUUUGAAAAAGAGUGUCUCUAUUAAAUCAAAUAUAAAUAUUUUGCACGUACGUUUCUAAAGGUUGAGUCUUCCUAGCAAAAUUUUGAACCAAAUUUGGGACAGUGCGGUUUCAGCCUGUCCCUUUUUCAAUCUGCAUUUUCAUUCUCAGUUUGACUCUUGAGUCUUUUGUCCUUUACUUCAGGAAGCACAAACAGUGUGAUUCCUUUCAUACAAUGCCAACUGGGGUGGAGUGAAGAAAGAUGAUAAACACACUUUGUCACCUUAUGGAUAUAUAUAUAUUUUUUGGGAGAAACAAAAAAAAAACCUGCAACAUUUUUUAGAAGUAUUAACAUUGUUUCUAAGAAUAUUGAUUACACACAUUUUAUUAAUUUAUGUUACAAAGAGGCAGUACAUUAGACCAGGCUGCGGUCUGAAAGAAAAACAACCUCUUAUACUGAUAUCUCGACAUCUGUAGAUCUAAUUUGUCCCUUUAUGGGGGGUAUUACAAUUAAUCCUUGCUGUAGUUCACUUUUCAACAUUGAGUACUGAGUUUCUUGGCUUUUCUUUAUUUAAAUUGGGAAUUAAGAGGUGACAGCUGAUCAUGGACACAUUUCUUCAGUAGUAGCAAUAUGAUACUUUUUGUUGCUUAUUUUUAUUGUACUUUCUCACACUGACUGUAAUUUUGAAGUCACAGUUUGGAUGUACACGAUUGUUUUUAUAUUUUGCUUUUUUUUCUAAGUCAUGAUGUUACAAAGCACUGAUGUAAUAAUCCUGCAGUGCACUGCUGAGUUCAUAGUGAGUUCUAGUUGCCUCACUUGGAUGUUUUAGCUUUUUAAUAACAAGAAAAAGAUUGAUUUCUAUUAUUAGUCCUUUUUUUUUCCAGCUAGCUUGAGGUUUGUGUUUUAUGCUUCCAACAAAUGUAACGCACACCUGGUACUUUGAUAGUCAAUUCACAAAAUUGUUCUCUUUUUCAAACAAUGUGCCAACAGCUUUAAGUGUUCCAGGGUUUAUUAUAUUGCUUUCUUUGUUUGAUGGGCUCAGUUUCACUUUAAGCUUUAACACUUGUUCUUCUUUUCUCUGAUUUUCACUCCAACUCUAUGCGGUUGUAACAUGUGAAAUAAAGAUCACAAUUACAGUAAAA